AUGGCUCAACUCCACUUCGACCAUGGCGUGAAGGAUCUCAAGGCGACCAACUUCAAGAUCUACUGGGGUCAGCUUGGAAACACCCUGACCAAGUCCAAGCAGACCAGCAUUCUGUCUCCUGGGCAUGUGGUCGAAGUUUACAUGCCCGGCUUCACCGGAGGGUCGAACUUCUUCGGUGCAUCACGUGGAAGCACUGAGAGCACUGAGAGCACGAUCAGCUGGAUGUCGCAGCAGAACAGCAUUGUGAUCUCUCAGUCUGUACAGGAGCCCUGGCAACAAGCCAUCUCGAGCGACCUGUCACUGUCUGUGAGUGGCCCAGGAGCAGUUGGAUGCAUGGGAAUCGUAGGCGAUGUGUCAUCGAACGCUUUCGACCUGAAGCAGCUCCGGGCGAAUGUGUUUGACUACUGUGAGUGGAACGCUCAGCGAGAGAUGCUGCGUCUGAGGCUGAGCAGCAAUGCGCCUAGCACCGUGACAGGAGUCUUCAUCAGCAAAGUGAGCAUGUAUCUCAACUAUGACACAUCAUCCAAGCAGAACGGUCUGGGACCUCUGCCGCCUCUCGGAGGCAUCAACGAGGAGUGGCAUCAGAUGGCCUUCGUGUCUGUCUACGAGAAGCCUGCAACCACAUCGUCUGACUGCACCGGAGUGAGUCUUUCCGCCUUUGCCAGUACCACCUGCAGCACAGCAAACCUCGUGUACCAAGUACCGUUUGACAAGUACAAGUCACAACGCUUCGGCUCAGACAGGCCAAGACUUCCGGUGAGGAAGGAGGCUGGAGCUAUCGGAGUGACCAAGAACCCCACGUUCGUGUAUGCUGCCGCUGCAGGGAACACAGACGGUAUCAACCAAGCCGUGUGCAUCACUGUUACGAUCGUACCAUCCAUGACCAUCUACUCGUCUCCGACAUCAUCUACUCCCACAACUUUGACGAUCUCCGGGUUGACAGGGUCUAGUACACCAGAUCAAGUGACAGCCUUGUAUCAGAACAAAUGUCAAUGUGAAAGCACUCAAGCAGGGCUCUUCCCAAGCAUGUUCCAGUCUAUCAGCUACGGAAACCAGAUUGGAAAAGCCGACUUUGUCCAAGGGGCGGGCACCUUGACCUUUCAGCUCUUGCCAGGCAUGUACAUUCAAGCAGGAGAGGUUGUCAUCUUCUCGUUUCAGCUGAAGACACCGGGAACAGUGUCAGCAGCAUCGAAGCCCAUCUCUAUCUCGAUGUCGGGCAAGUAUUGCCAGAUCUCUGACUUCUGCACGGGAUCUACCGGACAGUCCAUCACGCUCAACCCGAUCACUUUCAGUCCCUCGACGAAGAUUCUCCAGGCGGUCGGAAACAAGAUCGGGGCAAGGAUGUUCCAGAGCUCGUCUGACACAGGCUCCUUGUCGAACAUGUUUGUGACUCUGUCUCCCAACUUCGAUAUCCAGACUUCUUCCAUCUUGACCUUCACUGGUCUGUGCGGGACUCAGGAGUCUGGUACCAAGGUAAACAUGGUGGGUAACAGGUUUGCUGGAGGCAAUCCUUUGACGGACAAGUGCUCCAGCUCGUCUUAUCCGACGGAGGUUGACAUUGGAGAUCCAAGUUUUGGAUACACCGGGUCGACGAUGGACUGGAGCCAGUCGUCAGGGACCCUGAAGCUGACCCUGACCCAGGCUCUGGCCGCGCGAGGUGACUAUGCCUUCGCGUGGAGCUGGAGGGUAUCGGAUAGGGAGAACUCGGCCUGUACGAUGACAGUGUCGUUGACGACUGGGCCGAACCAGGUUCAGAAUGAGGCUGUCACGAACCUCGGAGGAUCAGUGGGUCUUGUUGAGAAGCCGUCGUUUACCAAGUACAAGAUCGGACAGGUUACCACUCGACCGGACGUGACAAACUACAUCUGUGUGACUCUGAAGACCAACUUCAACCUUCAAACAUACUUGAAUGCAGGCCAGUACAAUGAAGCAACCAUCACCCUGUCCGGCCUGUCAGGCAGCCAGGCGCAGGACAACUCCAACCCGGACAUUGACAACUGCCCAUCUUACGACUGGAACACUCACUCGCUUGUGACACCAUCAAAGGCCAGCACUGCAUACUUCACCAGCGCUCUCACUGCUGGAGAAGUCAACAAGGUUGCAAACUUCGCAGCUGGCAUAGCCAAGCUUGUAUUGAACCCAGCUCAGAAUCUCCCCUCAGGCCAUGAGAUCAAGUUCGCAAUUCCUCUCAAGAACUCCAAGGUCGCGCAGCCUUGCCAGACGGUCACAUUGACGUUGAAUGCCCUGUAUCAGAGCCAGAACAGCCAGGUAUCAUACACGACGACGCAGACUGUGCAGAUGGUUGUAUCCCCUGUGAAUCGCGCCUUGCAAGAUGGAGAGAUGGAUGGGGAUGCCUGUCCCUUGAAGGUCUACGACAAGGGCUUCUUGACCCGGUUGAUCACCCAGCAGACGCCUCUGAUCCAAGAGAACAACGUACUGACCAUUUCUCUCCGCUCGAAUGUUGAUCUUGGUUUGAAUGGGUACGGUGCAACCAUCACCAUUGCGGGCUUGACGGGAACAGACACCACGCAGACAUCUCUGACUGCACUAUCACCGGCGUCAACAGACUACUACUCUCCGAUCAUCCAGAAGACUGAGUGGUCUCAGUCGAACGGUCAGAUGAUCAUUCACCUUCCUUCAUCUUCCACUUGUCAGAUGCCCAUCAAGGGAAUAACGACCCACUGUAUGAUGGCUGGCUGGACCUAUGUGCUUCAAUAUGCCUUCGUGAAUGGCAAGACGCCGCAGUCAAAUCCGACUGUGUCGAUCUCAGCUUCGUUUGCCAGCGGCGAGCAGACCAACUCGCAGACGGCAACGCUUCCGCUUUCCAGCUACAAGAACCCUCUCUUCUUGACGAGCAACCUGUUCAACAAGUACGACAUCGGCCAGUUGUAUCCUGCGCCAGGUGCAGUCAAUCCUGUCUGUGUUACCCUGAGGCCGAACAAGAACAUUAUCAAACAGACCAAGUUUACGUUGACUGGGCUGCCGAUGUUCACGUCCACGUCCACAGUUGACUUUUACGAUGAAUAUGGAAUCAGCCCGCUCUCAAGCACGUCGCUGAGCGGAUACUUUACAACGAUCUCGGGUAACAACAUCGCGAACAAAGCAGAUUACAACAACGGAAACGGUGAGAUCCAGUUCCAGUUUGUGACCCAGACGCUGGUGCUUGGAACCAAGUACAAGUUCUGCUUCCGUAUGAUCAACCCGAACUCUGCCUACAAGAACGGAGGAUCGUGUCCAUCGGUGUCGUUGCUUGUCAGCUCCAGUGACGCGCCGAGUGCAGCGCCUGGAGUGCAGACGUACACAAUGAAGCAGGACACGGGCAAGAGAGUGUACGGAUAUCCAUCGGUGCUGUCAAGCUGCGCGGGCUACAUUGUGGACCCCUCGUUCCCGCAUGCGACCAUUCGAUCCAGCUCCAACGUGACCUCAAACACUGUGUGGAUGACAGUGGAGCUACAGCCCAACUACGCCUUGACUACCAGCCAGGCGGUGACGGUCUCAUCGCUGACUGGCUUCAUUGCCUCUCCUGACACCUUCCCCUGCUGGAUCAGCAGGAAUGGCGAGUAUGUCAACGUGGCUUCGAACGCGGUCAGUGGAAACAUCCAUGGUGCCGACUUCGCUUCUACAUGUACGUUCAAGCAUAACGAGUUCAAGAUGACUUACCAGCAGUCGCCCAACCUGCCUGUGUACAACCCUUACUUCAACGUCAACGCGAUGAGAUCGAACGGCAUCUGCGAGAUUGUUGCGCUGUCAGGAGGGUCUGGGUACACUGUGCCGCCUAGUGUUGUGAUUUGUGGGUCUGAGUUUUACAAGAACUCAGUUUGCUCUGGAGGCAAUGUGAUGUACGGGGUCGGACAGGGAGCAACUGCCACUGCAACGAUCUCGGGUGGCGCGGUCACUGCAAUCACCAUCACCGACCCUGGACAUGGAUACUACCUCACACCUGUGGUCAUCAUCUCACCUGCAGCAACUGAGACUGGAACUAUCACUGCAGCAAAGGCGCAGGCUUAUCUGUACGACAGGGGCGUCUACACGGUGCAGUUUCAGAUUCAGAACCCGAGCUCGGAGCAGUCGGCUCUCGCUCUGUCCAUUCAGGCUACGUCCAACUUCCCAUCGCAAGCAAUUGUGUCGGGAUCGCAGACCAGCGGGUUGCAGAUGACUGCGUCCUCUUCGGAUGUCGUGCUCAACAUCGUGCCGCAGACCCGCUUGUUUGCGGGCGACUCCUUGUUUGUCAACCUUCCUGCCUACGAGGUGGAGGAGUCCGGGCCUCUGUUUGGAGUGCAGUCAUCUAACUCGGCGUUCGAGACCUUCACCUCGCAGCUGGAGUGGGAGUUGUUUGGCAGCUCCGAGGACAGGGCUAGGGCCUACUUGUCCAAGGGGUACAUUGCCGAUGGUAACAGGCAUCGAUCGGGUGAUGCGGACGUGGACGGAGUGUUUGUGUUGUCACCUUCUGAUGACGGCUACAAGAAGAACAAGGACCUCUGCUGGAGCCACAAGCAGUGCCCUUGGGGAGCGUCGGACUACGACGUCGGAGGGCAGUCGUCUUACACGCUGUCGAAGGUUCGGUUCGCGGGACCAAGCCCUCUGGGGUACACGCAUGAGGCUUGCUACACGGCUGGCUUGUCUGCAUCGGCAUCGGACUACGUUGGUAUGCAGAUCUCGUGCAGGAACAACGCUUUUACAGCAGCAGCAAGCGGGUCAUCUGUGACCGCCAUCAAGGUCAAGUCUGCAGGGCUGUACACCGUGACUGUGCAGGCAUCUGCUCAGACCGUGACGAUCUCGCAAUCAGAUGCUGGUGCUGCUAGCUCUGCUUCAGCCUCGAUCUCUUAUCAGGUGGCCCAGCUCUCGCUCAACGCUGUGACUCUGGAGAACUGUCAGAGCAUCACAUUCACUGCAGCUGCUGGAACUCAGUUGAUCGCUGCCAGCGCCCAGGUCGUGAUGUCAGUCGUUGCUUCUACAUCCGCACCCGCGUACAGAGUCGAGAUCACCAAUCCCGGGUUGUACACGAGCUUUCCUACUGCAACUUGUACUGGAACCACCCCCCCCACCCUCAACCUGUUCAUGUCGGUAGCCACAGUCAGCGUAACCAGCCAGGGCAGCGGGUACGUGACCAUCCCAUCAGUGUUCUUGUCGGCCGCGCCUACUGGGGUUACUCAGACGACAGCACCAGUGUUUGAAGUGAUCAUGUCUACGGCCAACCAGAAUAUUAUCACCCAGACGAUACUCGAUUACAACCCGUACUACUCGCCGACCCCUUGCUUCCUUGUGGGGCAGGAGUUCCCAUCGUCUUUCUUGAGCGACUGUAGCAUCCAUGUGAAGGAGAACGUUGGCCGAUACACAGGAAUGACCGCCAUGAUCGGGUCCAACGAGUACUUGAUCAAGCAGGGAGCAGGAGGCGUGUACUGGGUGGUCGACUCGAACGGCAACAAGCCACGGAACGUCGACAUAGCCAACAAGCCCUACACCAUCUACACCCAGUUGGAGCUGAUCGUUGCCAAGAGCGCGAGGGUGGAGCCUGGCGAGUCUGUGUCGAUCACCAUACCUGGGUACAGGUUCAAGUCCUAUCCCAAGAACGUCAAUGCUUACAUCACUCGAUCCACCGACGACGCUUCCAAGACUAUCGCGGAGAGGACGAGGUACUACUUUGCAACCACGCUGCCGGUCAAGAGCUCGUACGUGAAGGGAUACGGAGUGACGGGGAUGGUCAUAACCGGCGGAACGCUCGCAGGAGACUGCAGCAUCAAGUAUGUGGAUGGUCCUCAGAGCAUGGGAGGAAACAAGCCGGAGGUACGAUUUAUCUCUGGGGCCACGUCCAAGUUUGAGAUCACUUACGCGGGGAGCGGAUACACGUCUCCUCCUCGCUUCAUCGGUCAGUGUGUGACCAGCACGGGGACGACGACCUACUUCAACGGAGUCUUCUUGUUGUCGGGAAAUUCAGGCGUACGACGCGUUGAGGUUGCAGUACAAGGAAACAACUGCCCCUCAGGAACCACUGUCAAUAUCGAGUCUCCGAACCCAUCCGGAUCAUACAUUGAUGGCCUGACGGGGUUGACCUAUGCAGGCCAGCAAGCCUCAGCCAUUGUGUUGCUGAAUGGAAACAGCGUGUCUCAGGUGGUACUCCAGAACGGAGGUAGCGGAUACAUAUCAGCUCCUUUGGUUACUUUUCCGGCUACGUGCAAUGCUCAGGCGCAGGCGUACAUCUCCCAGAACUUCUCGUCGAGCAUUGCGAUGAGGUACGAAACAGGCAACACCUUCUUGUAUGAAUGGAACAGAGAGCAGACUGACACCUUGACGGGCCUGUACUCGUCUGAGUUCUCGUCUGUCUCCUUGUUUUCUCUCGAGACGGCGGCGAGCGGGUCAGCCGAGAUGAACUCUGGUUACGUGGCAUCGAUUGCCAUUACCAAGUCUGGUACAACCUGCACGAGCCCGACGAUCACCGUGUCCGCGUCCGGGGUGUCAGCAGCUGCGCAAGCGAAGGCAGUACCUGUCACAGCGGCCAACAUCCUGCAAUCCAUCAACGUGACAUACGGAGGGUAUGGAUACACGUCAGCACCAUCGGUGACCAUCACAGGUUGCGGGGCUGCGACUGCAAAGGCCUUCUUGAGCUACUCGAACGUGGAUGUGCUUGUGGGGGGAUCAACCUCGUUCUCUAGCUACAGAGGAAUGCGACCACUCCAAGUGACGCAGUCGUCUGCCAACUCGUACAAGACUGUCAACCCGGUCACGUCAGCCAUGGACUCCCCGGUGCUGGUCGGAUUCAACGAAGCCUGCUCCAAUGGUAAGACCGAGGCAUAUCAGCGAGAGCAGUCUACCUACAAGAACUCGCGUGUCACCGGAGUGACCAUGUCAAGCGCUGGAGCAGGAUACACCUUCAAAGGCACCACCGUGACCUUCUCUGCCUCGCCGCUGGGCUCCUCCAACAUGUACGCGACCGCCAAGGGUGUACCGACGUGGUCGUUCCCUCCUACAACCACCUCCUCUGGGGGCACUACAAACCUGAACACGAACGUCUUGCUGUACAAGGGGGCUGCCCUGUCGACAGCGACCGGGUGCGACAACAUCGUCUUGAUGUUCUCCUACCCCGAGAGGGCCGGAGGAGCACAGCUUCAGAUCCAGAUCAACAGCGCCGCAUCGAGGACCUCUCAGGUCAUUCAGCAAGGAACGGGCUAUGCCUCGAUCCCGUACGUGUACGACAUCAAGUUCAACUCCAACAAUGGCCAAACCUUCUUGAAGGAUGGAUACACGGGCACCAACGGGAACUGCGUUCCCCAGUACUUUGCAAUCGACGUCACUCGGCUCACCAAUCUCGCAUCGGGCGUUGGGUUGGUCAUCGACGGCGUGUACAUGACUCAGGGGGGAUACGGGUACGACACUGCUCCCACUGUUACAUUUGACUGCAAGUCCUGCACCAUCACCUCACAGGCCGUGGCCACAGCUACUCUCGAGAGCGGAUGCUUCAAUGGUCAGUGCACUCAGCCAUCCUACGCCAACGCCUUCUUCUCUCCUGUCAACAGAAACAACCUCCAGGUCUGCCAAGCGACCAACCCGGGAGCCAACGACUACCGCACGCGCAAGACGCUUCAGAUGCGUGUAUCCUCGGGUCAGUCUGGCAUCCAGUACUCGUCGUCGACGGCGUACGCGGCGAGAAGGAACCGAGGCUUCAUGGCAUCGACUGGAUCGCUGAACUUCUACGUCUCAUCUCAGAACCUCCUGUCAGCCAUGUGCACACCACCUCAGGUAGUCGUAGAGCCUCCGACGUCCAUGUCGGGUGUCGCCGCACAGGUCGAGCUUGUCGUCGAGAGCACGAGGGCAGACAGCUAUCUCUCUCAGAGUCCAGCCACAGCCGCUGAUCUUCCGGCACAGGCCGCACAGUACAAGCUUGCUGUCCGCACUGUCAACCCGGGCUCGGGAUACAUCACUGCUCCCACUGUCUCCUUUGUGAGCGUUGGGAGCACCCCAUGCUCUACGACUGGCCUGGUGGUCGCAGCGGAACUGCAGGGAGGCAUGUCAGUCUCGACUGUGCAGACAGCUGCUGCUCCGUUGUACAUCUGCCCAGCACAGACGUAUUACCUCAACCCCACUACCAUGACUCUCUCCACCACUCAGACUCAGGGGGCUGCGACCAUCACCUGGGAUCGUAAGGCCAAUGCCCCAUACGUGGUUGACGGCGGCUACGGGUACUCGUACGGCACCCAGCCUGUGACUCUCUCGUGGGCAUCGUGCGGGGCGACUACAGUGGUGAUCUUCUUCGAGGACAGCAAGUCCCUGGACGGCCUUGCGCCGUACCCGUCGUUCUGGCCGGGAGACAUGUCGGUGGAUCAGUCUACCUGGAGGAAUCAUGCGGGAGAGAUCACGGGCGUUGACUUCAUGUACGAGUCUAAGCACUUCUAUUCCAACCCGACGGUACCGACGCCUCAGACCUUCUUGAACGUGAACAUCGCGGCUCGAAGCCUGAAGCAGGCUGGCUUGUUCUCAUCGAGAUCUAACGAUGUGCGGGCAGCAGCCAGUAUCUCAUUCGCCGUGGAGGACGCCUCCUCUUUCAAGGCAGGAGAUUUGAUCUUGAUUGAUAGCGAGAUCUUCAAGAUUGGAACGGUGACCGGCAACACGAUCACUGUGAGCGAAAGAGCGCUUGGAGGUACCAGCCAGUCGCAACACUUUCCCGGAGCGAGUGUCGUCUUGUUCUUUCCUGGUACGGCACUCGAGAAGGCUGUCCUGACGUCAGUUGCGGGUACGGUAGAGACGAUCUAUGUGGCAUCGGCAAGCGGGUUUGCCGUGGACGAAUCCGUUGCAGUCGAUGACGAGUUCAUGCUGGUAGCGAGCGUUGACACGACCGCCAACACUCUGAGCGUGUACAGAGGAUACACACAGGCGGAGGGAACCGAGACUCCGUCACAUCCAGCAGCAGCCCUGGUGGGACUCUUCAACCCCAAGGCUGCAGUAGCCAAGACCUCGGCCUCCAUCACAGCCACCGCCACGACUCUCCCGGUCUUCACCACCAGAGGCUUCACGGCCAACACUUACAUUCAGAUUGGCAACGAGAUCAUGCUGAUCACUGCCUUGAACACGGGCUCGUUCACCAUUCUCCGCGCUCAGGCUUACACUCAGGCAGCAUCGCACGCGUCUGGGGCCGAGUACACGGCCGUGAGCGUCGAGACAGUCUCCCUGCUGCCCAUUGCCUUGAAUACUGACCUCUCGAUCUCUGACACGUUGAUAUCGAUGGGACCGAAUGCGGGCAAGACAGGAACGCUGCCAGCGCAGGGCACGAACAUCCUCGUGGAGCAGGAGGUGAUAUACGUUUUGUCUCUCAACAAGUCUGCAAGCACCAUCACUGUCUCCAGGGGCCAACAAGGUACCACGGCUGCCGCGCACAAUGCGAAUGCGGAGAUUGUGCUGUCGAUCAGCGCUCAGUACCUGAGUGAGACCAUCAUCGGGGCGACUGGCGUGCUUCAGUCCAUCUCAGGCAGCAACUCUGGCUUGUACGCACGUCCUCUCAUCACCAACCCCGGCACUACUGAUGCUACCCCGAUGUUGUACCUCGAUGGCAUCGCAGUGAUCAGCAGCCCAUCCAAGCUUCAGAAGGCCCCUGUGCUCUCCCUCAACUACCUCGCGCCUGCCCUCACCCCCUUUGGAGUGAACCAGGACCUGAUCGUUUCUUCACUGUCCUACCCUGUCAUCUACAACCCGGCCAAGUACAGCACCGACCCGCUCUACUACCAGGACAGGAUGGACGGAUAUGACUUGAUGCGUCCAAACUCGCCUGUUCUUGAGAGCAGCUCCAACCGCAUCAACGGAACAAGCCCGGUCUACAUCCUCGACUCUUUUGGACAGAUGCUGGGCGAUCACGUGGUUGGUAGUGAGAGCAUUGCCGUGACCCUGCAGGCUCGGACCUCAGCUAUCUCCACAAACCCCGUGUUAUCCUCGACUGCUUCGUCGACCUUGACAACCAAGGCAUCGUACAAGGUGACUCAACAGUCUUCUAGCCUGGGCAGCGUGUGGGGGGCUCCUUCCAAGGUCUACUCGCCUUUCUUGGGCUACUCCAUCAAGUCAGUGGCGGCAUCUGGGGUGCAGUCACCAGCCACGCUCUCAGCACAGAUUGACACCACCACAGUCACUGUAUCUCUGACAGCGGCUGUCGCUUACAUCACGGUAAACAGCUUCAUCCGCAUUGACAAUGAGGUGAUGAAGGUCUCGGCUGUCACUGGAAAUACCCUCACGAUUGUCCGCGCUCAGCGGUCAACCUACGCAACCACUCACGCUACGAACGCCAACGUGUACUCAGACUGCAUCGGUCGACUCUAUGCCGAGCCGAGCCUGGAGGGAGGAGAGCCGGCUAUCCUCGACUUCAGUGGGACCUCGGUGACGGUGGUAUCGGGAGGCAGCGGAUACUUAUCAAGCUCACAUGUGUACGCCUGCGGGAGUGUUACGAGAUGUGACUAUGCUGGAGCUCAGGUCAACACCUGCUCGCUGACCUUCACUGCCAGUCUCGGGCCCGCUGUGACUGAGGUGUAUCUGAACCAUACGGUAGCUACGAGAGCUCUUGGAGGGCAAAUGACCGGCCUCACUUCAUCCAGCAGUCGAUUCUUCUUGUGGAAGACCCGGCCGAGCAAAGUUUCAAUGGUCGUGUCGUCUGCUGCAUCAAACACUUCCAACUCCUCCAACAGCUCCACCGUUGUGGAGGCUUUGGAGACAACUCCAUCUCCUACCACCAGCUCUUUUAUCCAUGCGGCGGAUGUCACAACAACACCAGCUGGAACUGGAAAAGCAGCGUCUGAAAUUCCAUUGCAAGCAGCGAGCGCGAGUAACGUCGGGGUAGUAGUGGGUUGUGCGGUAGGAGGGGUGAUAGGAGCAGGGCUGCUGGGGUUCUUGACUCACAAGUUCGUGUUCAAGGCUACCAUGCUCAAGUUCUCCUCAACCUUCUCCUGA